AUGUCCUCUGAAAAACAAGUACAUUCGUGGUCGACCCACGACCUGGCCUGCACCCACUGCCGGGAGAAGAAGAUACGUUGUGGCCGUGAAAGACCUCAGUGUGCGAGCUGCAAGCGGGAUGGGUUGGAAUGCGGAUAUUCGACCCCGCGAAAGAGAGUAAACCAUAUCAAGCUGCUAUGCCACAGCUUCGGUGGGCUGGAGGAUCGCCUGAGCAACAUCGAAGGUGAGCUCUCGAGAUUGACAGCGAUUCUCAGAGUCAACGGAGGCCGCGGAUCCUCCUUCUUGGAUCCGACGACCGACGAGGACGAGAUGGUGAACACGACUGCAGCGGAGGCAAAGUUCACCGACGAGACUCCCUGUCGGAUCGUAACGGAUCGCCACAUCGUUCGCAGCCAGGGGGACCUCAUCGAUCGGUACCACGGCCCGUGUACUUUGUUUGCUCUCUGCAAGGAGUUUUGUGAUACUAUCCUGUCGGAAAGACAGAUCCAUUGCUCACCUUCAUCACAGAGUCAGCCGCAGCAGGGCGAGAUGCAUGAUGGCGUCGCUCGCAAUGAAGAGCUGAAAGGGCUGCUUACUCGCUUGUGCCUGGAAGCGCAGAUCGAAGAGACCUUCGAUUUGCCGCCGGGCUACAACCCCGUUCGACUGCCUCCCAAGCAGUUUCUCCUGAUGGCUCAGACCCAAUUCUUCCAGCAGUCCGACUACACGACCGAUAUAUUCGUGCAGUCCAAUUUCCUAUCCAACGUGGAACGGAUCUACAGUCGGCCGUUCGCGCCGGCGGAUGAGGCGUGGGCCAUCUGCUUCAAUGUCGUCAUUCUGCUUGUUCUUGGCUUCGAGAACCCUAACCAUGGCAGCAAUGAUUCGCUCAUGGGGUCCCAGUUUGUGCGACCAUUUCUCCUCACGGUCCGUAUGGCUCUCAGCAACCCCCGGAUCCUAAUGGCUCCGAAAUUAAUUAAUGUCCAAGCUCUGGCUCUACUGGCCUGCGUGCUGGUGCGGACCAUUGGUCUUCACCAGAUGCACGCUGCUUCAAAUGGGGUCAGUCAAGAGGAGGCGGAGGAGAGAUUUAAGGUCCUCCGGUCGUUGUACCUUCUUGAUAAGAGCUGUGCCAUCUCACGAGGGUCGAUUUGCUGGCUCCCUUCAUUUGACUGCGGCAUCUCCUCCGUGCUCAGUCAACCGGCAUUUUCUGAUCCGACGUAUGCGGCACGCAUGGAACUGGCCAUGCUGCAAGAGGAGAUCUAUCGGCUCUUUCACUCCGCCGAGUCCCAGAAGCAGUCUGUCGCCGAGCACAAGAUUGCCCUUGCACGGGUGGACCAAAGACUGGAACGCUGGGCGAAUGCACAUGACAUAUAUAGCUCAUCGCAUCUGGUGGGGCAGGAUAUUGACUUGAAGCUGGAUUACUUUGCCGCUCGCAUCACGGCCUUUCAUGGGAGUCCCGAUCCGGGUCAUCUCCGGCGGGCGUUGAACGACGCGAGGGCGAGCUGCCUGCUGUUGCUGACAUCCCUCGACGAGCACAAUCCGGCUAUGGUUGAAUGGCUGGAGGGUCUGUUGCUUUCGAUGCAUUCACUGAAAUUUGUGGAUAGGAAACUGGGUCAGCAGCAGGAUAAAAACACGCAGGAUCAUGCAGACUUUGCUGCUGCGAAAAACGAAAAGGCUCAUGAGCCGGGCCCAUCCCACUUCCACCGUCUGCUCAGCUCGUUUCCUGUGCCGGCAUUCUUCCUGAUGGCGAAGAACAUUGUGGGGUCCAUCUCAGGCGACAAUCAGGCCCAAGCGGAAGGGGACCUCAAUCUGCUGCAGAUGGUGUGCGCCUGCUUCAAAGGACUGGAUUCGCGAAUCCCAGCGGACAAUUAUACCCGUCGAGUAGGCCGCGCGUUCGAGAGAUUACUCGAAAUUAUCCACCUCAUAAUCAAUCCCCAGACGUCGUCGUUAGAAACUCAAGACAGCUUCCAUAGCCAGGGAACACCAUCCACACAGAGUCUAGUUGCUGGUGUGCCGAAUCUUACAGACUUUGGUGAUCUGACAUCGCCAACGGGAGCAGUGCCUGCUGUGACGGUGUCCUGGGAUGGCUUCACGAAUAAGAGCACUACGGUCACUACCAAUACGAAUCAGAUUGACACACCCGGCACGAUCACUCCGCCCAGCUUGCUGACUCCAGUAGACAUGUCCUAUCUGACCCAGCCGGCGGACGCACUCCGGCAGCAGUCUUAUCCAUCCAGAGCCCCGAGGCGUCCGAUGGGACCUCCAAGCAGGAAACGUCGGCAUCUCAGCGACGAGGACGUAGUGUCGAUGGACAGUCAGUCUGAGACGUUUCUGUUCGAUCUGUUGGCAUCGAACCCAGAUAUGUCGUUUGACAUUCAGUCAUAG